CGACGAUCUGCUGGGCCAUGAGAGAAUGGCUCAAUCGCAAACAUGCAAGUGUCGAGUCGCAUGGAAGGCGCCCUCUUCGGGCUGUUCGUGGCCGAUGCCGUCGCCAUGCCAGUGCAUUGGAUGUACAACCUCGACCAACUCCAGGCAGACUACGGUCGCAUCACCGGCUACACCAAGCCCAAGGACACGUUUGUUGGGAGCAUCAUGAACUUGUCAAACACGGGAGGAGGCGGUCGGGGUAGCGACAAGGGCGAUGUUGUUGGGUCGGUAAUCCUGCACGGCAAGAAGAAGUACUGGGUUCGAGGAGGCAACUUCCACUACCACUUGGGGCUGCAAGCAGGUGAAAACACGCUGGAGGCGCAAUUGGCGAGAUUGCUCGUGCGAACGCUGUCGACGACGAAAGCAUCGUCGCCCGCGGCAGAAUUCCAGCAAGCCUACAUCGAGUUCAUGACAACCCCCGGGAGCCACAACGACACGUAUGCUUCAACAUGCCAUCGCAUGUUCUUUGCGAAUUGGGCGGCUGGGACGCCCCCAGCGGACUGCCCCGACAACGACGGCCACAACGUCGACGCGAUCGACCUCCUCACACUAACCAUUCCCAUCACGUUGAAGUAUGCUACUGCGUCGGUCGACGAACGAUAUCGCCACGUCCGAGAGAUUAUCGCCACGACUCGCCGCGCGCCAUCCAUGUCCAAAUACGCGGAAACGUACUCGGACAUCUUAGUCGCCGUUCUGCAUGGACAAGACCUCCGCACGGCCAUUUCACAGCACACGGCGGGCGACAUGGCGUCGUCGAUCCGUCGGAAGGACCCAAUGGUGGCAUGCUACAUGGAAUCAUCGUUUCCCGCGCUGCUGCACUUUGCCUACAAGUACGCUGACAGCCCCGAGGCCGCGGUCCUGGCCAAUGCCAACGCCGGGGGCGAAAACGUCGCGAGGGGGGCGGCCCUGGGGGCGUUGCUCGGUGCUGCCCACGGGAAGGCGAGGUUUCCCCAGUGGGCCCGUGAUGGGCUGUACGCCAAGGAUGCCAUCAACGCCGAGAUCGACGCCUUCUUGACGACGUUGAACACCUGACUUGGUAGUUUGCCGCAGUGCAAACCAUGAUUCGUAACAUGCUGGAUUCGUUGGACAGACCUAACUUCUCCGCCAUGACGGCCGCACUGAGUAGUAGCGCGGUGCAACCCAUGAUUUGAAGGCUACAACAUGACUGUCCAUUCCGAC